CCCCGAGCCUGCGGGCGGCGCCGAGGCCGAGGAGCGCUCGCUGCAGCGCAUGCUGCGCGCCAUAGCCGAGGAGCGCGGCCGCCUCAGCCUGCGCCGUGAGGUCUGCGGCCUCGGGUGCUUCAAGGAUGACCGCAUCGUCUUCUGGACUUGGAUGUUCUCUACCUACUUCAUGGAGAAAUGGGCGCCACGGCAGGACGACAUGCUUUUCUACGUGCGCCGGAAGCUGGCGUACCCAGGCAGUGAGGGCAGCGUGGACGGGAGGAAGAGGGCCGAGGCGGAGCCCGAGGUGGAGGUGGAGGUGUACCGGCGCGACUCCAAGAAGCUACCGGGCCUUGGAGACCCUGACAUUGACUGGGAGGAGAGUGUUUGCCUGAACCUCAUCCUGCAGAAGCUGGACUACAUGGUCACCUGUGCCGUGUGCACGCGGGCUGAUGGGGGGGACAUCCACAUCCAUAAGAAGAAAUCCCAGCAAGUGUUUGCGUCCCCCAGUAAACACCCCAUGGACAGCAAGGGGGAGGAAUCCAAGAUCAGCUACCCCAACAUCUUCUUCAUGAUCGACAGCUUCGAGGAGGUGUUCAGCGACAUGACCGUGGGGGAGGGAGAGAUGGUUUGCGUGGAGCUGGUGGCCAGUGACAAAACCAACCUGUUCCAAGGGGUCAUCUUUCAGGGCUCCAUCCGCUACGAAGCCCUCAAGAAGGUGUACGACAACCGAGAAGAAGCCACCCCAUGGGCGCUGACUCGGGCCGUCUCCCCAUGUCUGCAGGUGAGCGUGGCCGCCCGGAUGGCACAGAAGAUGUCGUUCGGCUUCUACAAGUACAGCAACAUGGAGUUCGUGCGCAUGAAGGGGCCACAGGGCAAGGGCCAUGCGGAGAUGGCCGUCAGCCGCGUGUCUACUGGGGACACGUCCCCCUGUGGGACUGAAGAGGAUUCCAGCCCGGCCUCACCCAUGCACGAGCGGGUGACCUCCUUCAGCACGCCCCCUACCCCAGAGCGGAACAACCGGCCCGCUUUCUUCUCCCCGUCCCUCAAGAGGAAGGUGCCCCGGAACCGGAUCGCGGAGAUGAAGAAGUCUCACUCGGCCAACGACAGCGAGGAGUUCUUCCGCGAGGACAAUGGCGGGGCUGAUCUGCAUAAUGCCACCAACCUCCGGUCUCGGUCCCUGUCCGGCACGGGGCGGUCCCUGGUCGGGUCCUGGCUGAAGCUGAACAGAGCGGACGGCAAUUUCCUUCUCUAUGCACAUUUGACCUACGUCACUUUGCCACUACAUCGGAUUUUAACAGACAUCCUGGAAGUUCGGCAGAAGCCCAUCCUGAUGACCUAGCCAUGUGCAGAGCCUGCGCAGAGCCCCCCAGCCCUGCCCGGCCCUAGGGGUGCCGCCAAGUGCCUACCUGUCCACCGCCACCGGGGUCUUCUGUGACAGCCCAGCGCCGGAGCCGGAGCCAGGCGGGGCCGCUCGCCUCCUGGGGCCAGGGCCGACUCCACGAACACCAGCCCAAACUGAAGUGCCUCUUUCUCCCCCCGCCGGCUCGGCUCCUGCACCCCCGUGCCCGCCCGCCCACCCC